GAAUGCACGCUUACUGCUAGCACUCGCAACUUGUUUAAAGAUUAGCUGGCUGAAGACCGCAGCUGCAGGGCUUACUGACCCUAGCAGAGGGGAUAUAGUAAAAACACCUUGUUAGUAACUCAGAGACCUACUGGUUUGCACAGAUUCAUCACGUUACGGUGAACCGUGUGUUUCUGAACCAGCGUAAACCGGAGCUGUCAUGCAAACGUAGCUCCGUUAGCAAGCGAGCCAGGCCGACGAGAGCUGGCUGAUUGUAUCCUUCAUCGAGACAGGAGCAUAGAUGUUUCAUACAAGACAGUUUACCGACGCCGAACAAGAUGCGCAAGGACGUGAGGAUAUUGUUGGUGGGAGAGCCCAAAGUGGGGAAGACGUCUCUCAUUAUGUCCCUGGUCAGCGAGGAAUUCCCAACUGUGGUUCCUUACCGAGCUGAGGAAAUCACCAUACCUGCAGAUGUCACACCAGAGAGAGUUCCUACACAUAUUGUGGACUAUUCAGAGGCAGAGCAGACGGAUGAGCAGUUGUUUCAGGAGAUCUCCAAGGCAAAUGUAAUUUGCAUUGUCUACUCUGUCAACAACAAGACUUCCAUCGAAAAGGUCACCAGCCACUGGCUCCCCCUCAUCAAUGAUAACACAGACAAGGAUAGCAGGGUUCCUCUGAUUCUGGUGGGGAACAAGUCGGACCUGGUGGAGCACAGCAGCAUGGAGACCAUUCUGCCCAUCAUGAACCGGCACAGUGAGAUAGAGACUUGUGUCGAGUGUUCAGCAAAGAACCUGAAGAACAUCUCAGAGCUGUUCUACUACGCCCAAAAGGCCGUUCUGCACCCCACAGGUCCUCUUUACUGCCCGGAGAAGAAAAAUAUGAAGUUACUGUGUGUCAAAGCCCUGACUCGAAUCUUUAAAGUGUCUGACCUGGAUAAUGAUGGGAUUCUCAAUGAUAACGAGCUCAACUUCUUCCAGAGGACAAGCUUCAACAUCCCACUGGAGUCCCAGGCGUUGGAGGAUGUAAAAAAUGUGGUCAGGAAGAAUUUGAGUGAAGGAGUGCGAGACAACGGACUCACCCUGAAAGGCUUCCUCUUCCUCCACACUCUGUUCAUCCAGAGGGGGCGCCAUGAAACUACGUGGACCGUGCUGAGGAGGUUUGGUUACGACGAUGACCUGGAGUUAAAUCAAGACUACCUCUUCCCCCCGUUGAAACUUCCUCCAGACUGCACCACGGAGCUCAACCACAACGCCUACCUCUUUCUCCAGAGCGUCUUUGACAAACAUGACAAGGACCGUGACUGUGCCUUGUCACCAGAGGAGAUGAAGGACCUGUUUGAUGUGUUUCCCUACAUGCCUUGGGGUCCAGAUGUCCAUAACACAGUUUGCACUAACGACCAGGGCUGGAUCACCUACCAGGGAUAUCUCUCCCAGUGGACGUUAACAACAUAUCUUGAUGUCCAACGAUGCCUGGAGUAUAUGGGUUACCUUGGUUACUCAAUAGUUGCUGAGCAGGAGUCCCAAGCAGCAGGAGUAACAGUGACCAGAGAUAAGAAGAUUGACCUGCAGAAGAAGCAGACCCAGCGCAGCGUCUUCCGCUGUAAUGUCUUUGGAGACGUUGGCAGCGGCAAAAGCGGCUUCCUGCAAGCCUUCCUGGGUCGAAACCUCAUGCGCCAAAACACCAUUAAUAAGGAACAAAGGUCCUACUAUGCCAUCAGCACAACCUAUGUUUACGGCCAGGAGAAAUACCUGCUUCUUCAUGAAGUUUUCCCUGACUUUGACUACCUGUCUGAUGAUGACCUGGCCUGUGACAUUGUCUGCCUGGUCUAUGAUGCCAGCAACCCUUACUCCUUUGAAUACUGCGCCAAAGUCUUCAAGCAAUACUUCAUGGACAGCAAGAUUCCAUGUAUGAUGAUAGCAGCGAAGUCCGACCUGCCGGAGAUCAAACAGAUUUACGGCUGCACUCCUCUGGACUUCUGCAGGAAGCACAAGAUGCCCCCUCCCCAGUCCUUCACCUGUAACUCUGCAGCAGUGCCCAGCAAAGACAUCUACACCAAACUUACCACCAUGGCCAUGUACCCCCACGCCCGGCUGCGCUGCAUGUGCACUUGUAACCGGUGCACCUUCUGCUUGUGUCAGAACUUCCUCAACUCUGAGCUGCUGCAGACGGUCAGGGCCAAACUCUACGCUGUUGUACUCAGAAGACAUGUAAGCAAAGCAGAUUUGAAGAGCUCCACCUUCUGGCUGCGAACGAGCGUCGGGGCCACAGUGUUUGCGGUGCUGGGCUUCGCCAUGUACAGAGUGCUGCUCAAACAGCGGUGAUCUAAGGGUAUCCGGGUGUAACCCUCUUUAUCCCCAUGGUACACACAGAACUGUUUUUACCAGUCACAACUUUAAGCUUGUAUUAAGUCAAUGCAAAUAUAAUAAAAUGUGUCAUGGUUUUGUUUUCACCGUAAAGAGAAAGCUUAUCUUAGCAAAGAUAUUUUUUUUGCAUCCUCAUUCCACUGUACCUUUCUCAUCUGGGGAACAGAAAGAAACAAUAUUUAAUUUUUUACAAAAGAAAUCCUUAUUUGCUUAAUCUGUUUGUUUGCAAGUUUUUGCAACUCAAUAACUAUAUUUAUAUAAAUAAAUGAAGGUUAAGCUGCUGAUGAGCCGUAGUGAGUAACGGGGGUGAGUUGCCUAUAAAGCUAUAUUUUCGUUGCUUGAUGAUUGAAAUGAACAAUUUGGUGUCAGUUGUGAUGAGGAUUGUGAUGUGUGAGAUUUGCAUUAACAUUGAUGCUUUUAUUAGAUUGAACUAUAUGUAAAUAGUGUAAAUAAUAUAGACUGUACAUUUGUUUGUCUUUUAAAAGGGCCAUGUCUGAUUUACACUCAUAACACUAAAUGCAAAGAUAUUAGCUUAAUAAUCAGCUUAUAAACUUACAAAAAUAUUAGCAUUGAUAUUAAUAGUUUGCCCUUUAAAGGCAGAGUUCUUGGAUUCUAACUUUUGUAUUGUUUACACAUCGGAGUAGGGCAGUGUUUGAUUUGUGCGAUGUUAUUGAAGGGUCUGCCGCUCUCUAAUGUCUUCCCAAUUUGGUCACUAUAUUUGACAGCUCGUGUGUGUGUGUGUGUUAGCAACUCCAUACUUUUUGGUUUUGCAUGCUUCAAAAUUCCAACCACAUUCCAGAGUUUUAAGACUUACUGUAUAAAAUAAUUCCCUUUUCAACCUCUCUGCUUUGCUUUCCAUCUCCCAAUUCUCCAGCUAUAGUAACUUGUAUUGACAGUGUGCUGAACAGAAAUAAAUGGAGUCAUAGUAAGUUUGACAGUUAUUUUACCCUGUUGUGAAUCCUGGUAUCCUUUAAGCAGAAAAUGCAAAAAUGUGACCCCAGUUUUAAAUUUCCAUCCAAUAGCAACUGCUUGCCUCAAAGCUCAGUUUGUGUAUAUACUCAGCCCUGCCUUUCCAAAUGUUUACAAUAAAUGAAUAUCUCUAUUAA